AUGGGAUUUUUAAUCCGCGAUAUAAAACAUCCCAGAUCGAACAAUCCGGCACGGAAACGGCCAGUUCCGCGGUAUUCCAGAGAUUUCAUGGAAGCAGUAUUUCCGAUGAGCGGAUCCGGUAGCCGGGUUUAUCUGGUUUGGACCGGAACCGACAGGAGCAUGUCAAAACCGGUAGCCGGAAACGGUUACCGCAUUUCUCCAUCGGAUUCCUGGCAUUUUCCGGGCGGGUUCCGCUCAGAUAUGGCGAGUUUCCUUAGGAAUUUAGUCGGAAAUUCAUGGAAUCCUGCUUCAGGAAUCAUCGUUCUGGGUAUCUCAUGUCACAUUGGGACUUGUAUAUUUCAACCAGAUCGUCGGUCUCAGUUGCCGAAACUUGAUCGUUGA